AUGGAGACAAAGAUCAAUCUUAGCUUUCCUCUCUACACGGUUAUUCUUCCCUACUACAGUGGAUACUGGGCAGAAUGGGAGUUCCUGUUAAAGAAUUUGAAUCAUAAAAGCUACCAAAUCUGGAAAAGAGACCAACAAGCACUUGAAAAUUUACUGAAGCUCACUAAGUUUCAUGAAGUUCAUAUCUCGAGAAAAGGAUUUGAUGAAAAAUUUGCUAGAUACAUAGAUCGGGCCAUUGAUGAUAAACGCAAAAAUACAAAAUUUGAAGUGAUUCUUGACUCAAUCUCUUCAUAUAACACGUUUGUUGAUUAUUUUAAGUCAACUCAGAAUCCAGAAUAUAUCAAGAGAAUCUACUUGAUCAAUGCCAUGGAUAUGACUAUCAACGAAUAUCUUGUCUCAAUUUGUCAGAUUCUUGAGUCUAACAAUCUUCCUUUGAGCGUAAUCUCAAUGAAGAUUCCAAAGGACAUUGAAUACAGAAAAGGAUCAUCAAGAUUAGGAGUAUACAGCUAUAACUACUACCAGGCUCCACAAGCUCAAGAAGUUGAAGAUAUCAUACCUUACAUUGAUGUUGUAAAGAAAUAAUAAUGUAGCAUCAAUCACAAAGAACUGCAGGAUUCUUCUCUUUCAAAUGAGCAUGCUACCUUACCUCUUUGAAGGAUCAACCUUGCUAGUCGCAGAUUCAUUGUGCAUGAAAGCUUAUGAUAUAGAGAACAUGAUCAAACAAAAGGAGGAUUUCCCAGAAACUCUUAAAACUAACCUUAGAAGAUUCAUACUUUAUAAUAAUGAAGAGAAGUUCUUUUAUGAUGGAUCACCAGAAGAAUCUAUUAUCCCUUACGGUAGUUUUAAAAAGUUUUGGUUAGCAACUCAAUAUGCAGAGGAAAAUUUUCCAAAUUUAAAGGUCGUGGAAUUCUCAUUAUUGGGAUUUUCACCAGCUAAACUAAAUCAGAUCUUGAAUUCUGAGUGAAAAGUACAAUUAAAUGUGGAUUUAUAUGAUACUGACCAUACAUCCAGAAAUAAAAUCAGCAUGAAUAAAGGCUACUUCUUCUAUAAAUCAAAAAAGCAGUCAACAAUCACAGCGGUAGCUUACGACUCCUUAGAAGUGGAAUACGAGGAAGGAUAUCUGUACUACAAAAAUAUUAACUCUAUUGUAUUCGUACAUUCCGAAGCUGCUGGGCCUACCAAACCAGCAGUUAAUCCAUUAAAAAGAUUGUACAUGAAGAAUGCAAGAGUCAUUUCAGAUAUUACUACGAUAUCCUUCACAUCUGAGCUGGAUGCAUUAUAUGAUAAUCUUACUCUCAUGGAGGAAGACUUUGUAUGUGGAUUCAUGUUGCUCACUCUUCAAGUUUUGGAGCUAAAUGAUGUUACAUCAUACUCAGUUCUACCAAAGCAAUGUGUCCACUCAAAGAUUAGGAUUAAAAUAUCUGAAGAUUAUCACAUUCUCAGCUGAGCAGAGUACUUACAGUACUUGGGUUCUACAGCUGUGUGAUUGGAACUAUACCAAGUUUCUGAAGAAUCGAAAGAAGCAAAGAAUCAUAUUAAUGAUCCUGAAAUUCAAAAGACCUUAAGAUCCCUGAAUGUUCUCACACUUAGUCUGACUAAUUUUAAGGACCAAGAGAAUCUCUCAAGAUUAUUUGAUUUACUUGAAAACACGAGCAAGCAAUGGUUUUCACUCCAAAAUAUCUUUACAAAAUUCAGGUACAGAACAGGAAAAUCUAAGUCAGUAAAGGCAAGCAUUAUAGAGGAGAUCCCGGAUAUCCUUGUCAAGAACUCUGUAGAAAUAGAAGCUGAGGAGGGCACUCAUGAAGAGUAAAUGGACUUACCUUCUUUAAAGAAGAAAAGCUCAUUGGA